AUGAUAUAGCACGUUGCUUGCGACGUUUGUCCCAUAUCACCAUGUCGUCGUCCACCUCGCCGCUGCCCCACGUCGUGGAGGACUGCCUCGGCCUCGUCCAGCUCCUGAGCGACGGCACCGUCAAGCGCGCACCGGCCGCGCUUGUCCUCCCUGACAACGCGCCCUUGCCCUCCGCGGCGCCUGUCAAGUGGAAGGACGUCGUGUACGACGAGACCCACGACCUCAGCCUCCGCAUGUACGUGCCGUCCGCCGACGCUGGCGACGGCUGCGCCAAGAAGCUCCCGGUGUUCGUCUACUUCCAUGGCGGCGGCUUCUGCAUCGGCAGCUUCGCCAUGGCCGACUUCCACGCAGCCUGCCUCCGCCUCGCCGCCGAGCUCCCCGCCGUCGUGCUCUCCGCCGACUACCGCCUCGCUCCCGAGCACCGCCUCCCCGCGGCGCUCGACGACGUCAGCAGCCUCUUCUCCUGGCUGCGCGCCCAGGCCUCCUCGUCCGCGGCCACCGACCCGUGGCUCGCCGAGUCGGCGGACUUCGGCCGUGUUUUCAUCUCCGGCGACUCGGCCGGCGCCAACAUCGCCCACCACGCGGUCGUCGGAUGCGGAUCCGGGAGCCUCGCCGCCGCCCCCGCGCACAUUGCCGGGUGCGUCCUGCUCUGGCCGUACUUCGGCGGCGAGCAGAGGACGGCGUCCGAGGCAGCGUGCCCGGCCGACGCGUUCAUGACGCUGGCCCUGUACGACCAGAUGUGGCGGCUGGCGCUGCCGGCGGGGGCGACGAGGGACCACCCGGUGGCGAACCCUUUCGGGCCGGACAGCCCCGUGCUGAGCCCCGUAGACCUCCCGCCGCUGCUCGUCGCCUCCGGCGACCGCGACAUGCUGAUCGACCGGAGCAGGGACUACGUCGCGCGGCUGAAGGCGGCGGGGAAGAAUCACGUGAAGCUCGUCGAGUUCGCGGGGCAGGGACACGCGUUCUCGAUCUUCAAGCCGAACAGCGAGGCCGCAGCCGAGCUUAUCCGCGUCGUGCGCCAGUUCGUGUACGGCUGCGACGCGCCGGCGCCGGCGCCGGCGCCCCCCAGCUGAGCGCGCGUGACUCGGUCCGCUUGUCCGGACGCAUCCCGUGACACUGGCACGCUGCUCGCCAGUCAGUGUAACGCUUUUGUCGUGUCAUGCUUUGCAUCAUUGCAAAUUUUGCAUUGUGCAUGUUAAAUCGAGCAUUAAACUGGAAAUAAAGCUGCGGUGAACUUGAUUAAA